UACAAAUGUUUACGGUCAAAUGACAUUCUGGUAAUGUUUUCCAGCUGGAUCUAUUUUUGGAGAUGCUAACGAACCUUUAUUAUUUGCUUCCCUAUAGAAUUUCCUAUGAUCCCACAAGAUACCCUAAAUACAUUCCUGAAGCAUACUGUCUGUGCAAAGGCUGUCUCAUGGGGAUCUUUGGCGAGGAGAACUUUCACUUCCGCAGCACCCCUGUGUACAUGCCAACAGUCAUCCUCCGCCGCACGUCGGCCUGCGCUGGGGGCCGGUACGUCUACACAGAAGAUUAUGUCACUAUCCCAGUGGGCUGCACUUGUGUACCCGAGCCAGAAAAAGAGGCUGAAAGUGUAAAUUCCAGCAUAGAUAAGCAAGAAAUGAAGUUGCUGGUAAGCCAGAACAAGCCAUCGUCAGAGUGAAGAAAAUAUGAAGAGAGCUGUGUUACAGUAUUGGCUCCGGAUCAUCAUUUUACCACCUCAGGAAGCUGUGUUACAGCAGCAAAUACAUUGAUUUACUUAUCUUUAAUACUUAAGUUACUUCAUCUUUAAGAUGGAAAUUUUUGUCCAGUCAUUCAGAUCAUUAGAGACAACAAUUCACAUUAAGAACUUUAGUUCAUCUAAAUAUUUGUUUCAGAUUACAAAGUAGAUUCUUCUUCUUUUUGGUUCUUUUUUUUUUAAGAGCAGAAUGUUUUAUCCUUGCUUAUUCACAGAAAGUUUUAGAAGAUGAUGUAACUGUAAAACACACUAGCUAUUACUAUAGCAGACCACCACUUGUAGAUGGUUUUAAGGAAUCUCUUAUACUCUACUUUUAAAUACUCACAUAAAAUUCACAUAGCUGCCAUACAUGUACCAGUUAAAAGGACAAUUUCUCAAGCUGGAUAAGCUUUCCUUUAUUUUGCAUGCCUCUACUCCAAGCAGUGUUCUUGGCUGUUGCAUCUGUGACUAUUCAUACAGUACAGCAAGGAAGCGUUUGCUGAGUUUGAGUCAUUCAUGAAACAACAUUCCAUGAGCUUGCUUUUUUAUUUUUAAGCUUGCCAAAUUGCUAAGAGUACAAAGGUGUGGAGAAAAAGCAUACCAGAGUAUUGUAAAACUGCAGUGCACUUUUCUGAUGUGGCCCGAGGCUAAUUACACAGAAAAUAUUAAUUAGAAAAAACACAGCUUACCAGGAAUUCUGUAUUACAUUCCACUCCUCAUUAACUGCUGAACUGUUUCUUGUGACAAAACUGUAUUCUGUAUAGUAGAAAGAUGUUCUUCAUGUUAGGAGAGGAGAUUCCCCUCCUAAUAAAGUACAAAGGAUAGACUUCCACUCCUAACAAAGUACAAAGGAUAGACUUCCACUCCUAACAAAGUACAAAGGAUAGACUUCAUCUCAGGUACACUGCAGAAGAGUAACCAGGCUAGAUCUCAAAUCCAACACAAUUAGUGUUACUCAUUUUUCCCUGUGUAACAAUCACCUGCAAAAGAUGGUGGUCUGUGGAAGAGCACUUCUCCUAACUUUGAAGCUUACAGGGAUUUGGUGGCAAGUCCUAACUAGAAACCCAUGGCACACAAACCCCUCACAUUUCCAGAAAAUGAGACUGAAGGUCAACUGAAUCUAGUGAAUCAGGAAUAACCAGGCACAGCUUGCACGAACGGAA